ACGGGAGGGUUGGCCAGCCUGAGCUCGUAAUGGCGGGUGGAUAGGUGACGUCCGUACGGAGCUCCACUUCACUUCUCCACCAUGGGCCACCACGUCGCGCCGGGGAUCACCAGCCCCGUCAAAAUGGUGGCUAAUAUCUUCGUCUCCUUUAUCGGCGCCGGGAUGCUGGGCCUUCCCUUCGCCUAUAAAGAGUCGGGCAUCAUGGAGGGAGCGUUCAUCAUGGCAGUGGUGGGCUACCUCAGCGUGUCGGCAAUGCUCAUGCUCAUCGACUGCAAAUACGCAAUACUGUCAUCGGGCGGCAGAGCGGGCGGCCGAUCUAUCAUAAUGGACACUAAGGUGCCCCUCAUCCCCCCGGACUCCUCAGACGACGAGGACGAGGACGAGAGGCACCCGCCCAUCCCCUCGACAGACCUGACCUACGGGGAUGUUGGCCUGUAUGCGAUGGGGCCGGGCGGGAAGAGGCUGGUGGACAUUGCUAUCGUUGUGUCGCAGCUUGGGUUCUGCUGCGGUUACCUAAUUUACCUGUGCAAGAACCUCAGCACCUACGUGUCGGGUGUGUCACAGCAGCUCUGGCUUGUGUUCCUGCUGCCACCCCUCUACUUCCUCACCCUUCUGCGACACCUCAACAAGCUGGCCAUCUUCAGCCUGUUCGCCCAGUUCUCCAACGUGCUGGCGCUGACGGUGGUGUUCUGGUUCGACUUCUCCCACUCCGAGCAAGUGCCGUUCACCCCCAAAGAGUUCUCCAUCAAGGGGUUCCCGUUCUUCUUCGCCGUCGCUAUUUACUGCUACGAGGGUGCCGGCAUGAUUCUGUCCCUGGAGGAGUCAAUGGCAGAACACAAGCGCGACAAGUUCCGGCCCAUCUUCGUCCUCACCAUGGCCGGCCUCACCAUCCUCUACAUCUCCUUUGGGGUGUCCGGCUAUGCAUCCUUCGGCCCUCAUACCAUGGACAUCAUCACCCUGAACCUCCCCCACGGUCAAGGGUCGAUAGUUGACUUUGCCGCGGUGGUCAAGAUCUGUCUCGGUGUGUCCCUGUUCUUCACCUACCCCAUGAUGUUGUUCCCGGUCACCCACCUCCUGGACAAGACCCUCGGGCUGGCCAACGCGCCUCACAAGGGAAACCUGAUGAGGCUGGCGCUGGUGGCUCUGACGGGGGUGGUGGUGAGUGCCGUGCCUAACUUUGCGGUGCUGAUGAGCCUGAUCGGGGCAACCUGCUGUACCCUGCUGGCCUUCAUCCUGCCGGCCUCCUUCCACCUCUCCAUCUUCAAGCAACGAUUGCCCCGGCGUCAGCGUUAUUUCGACAUCAUGCUCAUCGUGCUGGGCGUCGUGGGGUCGGUGGUGGGGCUCUGGGACGCCUUCGACCGCAUGAGCAAGGCACACGACCCUCUCCUUGCCCUCGACGAAUUCUCCUCACACAAGAACGCAACCUUACACCCCCUGCACCCCGGCCAGCCCCCCGCACACCCGUCCCUCGGCCCCUCCACCGCCAACUCCAUCCUGACUAACAUCUCCGAGGGUGCGACGAAGUACGGGCCAGGGCAGGGUGCAUCUGUGGGCCCGGGGAAGAGUGUGGAUGCCCCCCUGCCCGGUGCUGUAGGGCAAGGCGGUGUGGUGCCCAGAGGUACCGCCACAAAUGCCACGGUGCCCCUUGUGAGUAGUGUCCAGUUCCCAGUGCCAGGGAAGGGACAAGUUAAGGGCCAGGUUAGUGCUCCUGCUUCCUCUAGUGGCACUGUGCCUAAAGCUGGGUCUAGUUCCGUAGUGCCAAGAACUGAGCUGCCAAAAGCCUCGGCAUUGCAUAGCGGCGUAGCUGGUAGUGCUGCGUCGAGUGGUGCUGCGCCUCUUAGUGUUUCCUCCAGUAACGCAGCUUCCCAGAGUGCUUCGCCGAGUGGCACCGCAGCGCUUGUCAUGCCUGACGCUCCCCCAAAGGUGCCAAAAGAAGCAGCUGCGUCCCCCCUCCCUGCUAACCCCCCGCCAGGCACCUAACACCUGGGGCCGCACCUCCAGGUCUCCGCAGUGUAUAUAACCUGUAAUAUAUUGUUACAUUUUUGCUGUGAGAACGGGACAGUUUUGUAUGGCUUCCAGGCGGGGCAGUGGGGCGGGGCGGGCCUGGGCACCCACUGCAGGGGCUGGUGUUUGGGGGUGAGGGGGACAGCCUGAGGGGUAGGUGUGGGUAGGCGGUGUUACAGGGAAAGGCGACAGUUGUGAGGGUUGGUGAAUGCUGUCUGGUAUUCCUAAGUGUGUGUGCGUGUGUGUGUGUGUGUGUGUGUACAAGUGGAUGAGUGUCAAUAAGCAGAGUUGUGAGGACACGCGCGUAGAAGGUUUACAUAUAUAUAUAUUUAACAGUGUCCGUAAACUGAUGGUGCAUAGGUGUUAAGAGUACAUAAUGGGACUUCUCAAAGGAGUUAAUUUCAAGUGGUGGAGUUGGUGGUGGUGAGGAUGGGUUCAUACAACUUAUUUAUUGCCAAGUGAGUCAAAAUUUAGUCCUGCUUCCAAUCAGCUGGUGAACCUCUCAUGGCCUUCAGUCCCUCCUCACCCAAUGACUUUUUUCUUUACUGAGUGUGAGAAAAAUAUCAGUGAAGCGUUGGUGUCCGAUGAGGCAAAAUGGGACUGGGUGAUGAGGGGAUUCAUGUCCAUAUUGUUAAACGUAUCUGGUUCCCUUUACGACUGUUUUCCAAGGCCACAGUGAAGAUUACUGGGUUUCCAUGAGUGUUUUUUCUGUUGAUGGUGUAGAAGUUAUGUUAAUGUAUCACUGGCAUCACAAAACAGUCCGUGGAAAGCCCAGCAACUUCUACGAGAGGCUAUUUAAACAGGCAUAUUGGGCUCACAUUAUGACUGUUUUCCAAGGCCACAGUGAAGAUUACCGGGUUUCCAUGAGUGUUUUUUCUGUUGAUGGUGUAGAAGUUAUGUUAAUGUAUCACCAGCAUCACAAAACAGUCCAUGGAAAGCCCAGCAACUUCUACGAGAGGCUUUUUAAACAGGCAUAUUGGGCUCACGUUAUGACUGUUUUCUAAGGCCACAGAGAUGAUUACCGGGUUUCCAUGAGUGGUUUUCCUGUCAUGUUAAACUAUCACACGCAUAACAAAACACUCCAUGAAAAUCCCAGCGCUAACUUCUUCAAGAGGCUUUUCAUACAGACAAAAUGAGGUGGCAAUAUGUUUAAGAAUAAUUGCCUCGGACAGCUGGGAGGAAGGCAGACUGUGAAGUGUGAUUGCCGUGCAGUCUCCCCUUAAAUUUAAUAGUUCCUGGUGCUCUCUCUCCCCCAGUCUUCCCGCAGUUCGUACUCACCAAACUUCCAGAAAAUUGCGUUCGGGUAUACUUGUAAAAACUAAAUAUUGUCAAAAUGUUUCACGGUUACUAUUUUUGCCAAUGUUUAUUUUUUUGUACCUUUUAAGUUAACGUUAUGUGAGUAUUGAUUGGAGCUAGUUAGGCACGUGGAUUUGCAGACGUACCCAACAUUGCCAGAUUGUCGUACUCGGCCUCUUAUAUUUACCAACUCCCGACCCAAAAGUGAAUGGGUACCAGGUAUUAAUUGGGGGUUGUGUCCCUUCUCCUAUAAUUCCUUCCCCUCCUGUCUCUCUCCGGCAUAUGACCACAGAUGUUGCGCCGACUAAACCAAACUUUCCAACUUUUCCUGACCCAAAACACUGUCUCCAUGGCCUCAAUAACUAGAUCCAUUUAUAUUCACCGUUAAAAUAGUUAAUUCCUGAAUAGUUAGGCGUCAACAAUCGGUAAAUAAUAUAUGUCUAGGGGUUGAGUUGUGUGGAUAAUCUCUCUUCAACACAGCUCAUUCCCUAGACGUCACUUGACUGUAUUCAUAACAUUUGGGGGCCUGUCCGGGAUCUAAGUACGACAAUCUUGCAACGGCGGACGCACCCUGCCACUAUCUCCGUGCAACAGCUCUUAACAGCCGCCACAACAGGGCCUCAAGGUGCAUUACUGUUCCUAUCUUUGUCACCACGUAAUUCCUGCUCCUCUUCGGGUCACGGUAGUCUAGCGAAGCACAGCUAUUUUUGCACGGCUCGCACCCACCGCUUCCACGUCUAUCGAUAUUCACGUCAUCUGCACUCCACUUGUCGAUGGGUGCACUUGUAUGCGACUCUCUUAUCACGCACUCUCAUACAUGUACUGAGACUUAAGCUUCGUGCAGUCGGAUAUACACAGCACAUAUCGUCACCAUAAACAAACCACCCAAGUCAUUAUUUUCUACUUCUCAGUGAAUCAGAAAAGAACCGUCAUCAUCUCAUUUGGCGUAAGAUUUAGGCCGAAAUGAAAAGGCCGAUUCCAGAACACUCAAACCCUGAAUGACGAAGGCAACUAUGCGGAAAUGAGCAUGACGUCAUGUUGGAAAAUUUAUGUAAACAAAAACCUGGAAAUCGCUGAAAAAUGACAUGGGCGAUUAUUUUAUGAGGGUGACGAUAUAUUCACGCUCCCAUUCAUAUUUAAGCUGCCUGUGUCACCAUCUCACAAACGUACUCACACACACACACACACACACACACACAUUAAAAGCCGCCAGUCUCACUACCUCACAAGCACACAUACACACACAUCGAAGCUCUCAGUCUCAUCACCUCACGAACACAUACAAACAUUACAGUCACGUUGUCAGUCUCGCCACCACGCUGUGUCCGAGUGUCCAAUGAACUCCCAGGCUUUUGCAGGAGUGAGAUCCGUGCAUUGACCCCCAUCGGCUCCUCCGCCCUGUGUUUGCCGUGGUCUUGGGGGAUGUGUAUUGAACAGGCAUAUCGGGGCCCCCACUAUGACUGUUUUCUAAGGCCAAGAAGAAGAUUAUCCGGGUUUCCAAGGGGAUUUUUCUGCUUGUGGAUAAUAAUGGAAGUAGAGGCACAGCGGAUUGGCAUGGCUCCACACUCUUACCAUAUCAAUACAACAGACACUUGCAAAUGCACACACAAAUACACACAAACACGCAUAGUUGUCAGUCUCACAUCUCACACACACACACACAUACAAAGACCCCUCAACUCACCUUUCCCGGGGUCUGCCUUCGUUUGGUUCGAUUCCCGGGUGGAGUGGAAAAAUUUGGGCGGCUUUUCCGAUACCCUAUGCCCCUGUCCACCCAGCAGUGAAUUGGUACCAGGUAUUAAUCGGGGGUUGUGUUCCAUAUCCUGGGAUCUGUUCCCUCCCCUUCUGUCUCUCUCCGGCAUAUGACCACAGAUGUUGUGCUGACUAAACUAAACUUUCCAGCUUUUCUGCCUUCGUUUGCAUGCCUGGAGUGUAUCUAGAAUGCCAUGUUUGCCUGCCUGAUGCACCCACAACAUCACAUCAAAUCCCAAUAAAGAAAAAUCUGGCCCGUUGCUGCUACACGGUAAAGCCACAAAUUUGGCCCGUCGCUGGUACCAGGUAAAGCCACAAAUUUGGCCUGUCACUGGUACCAGGUAAAGCCACAAAUUUGGCCCGUCGCUGGUACACGGUAAAGCCACAAAUUUGGCCCGUCGCUGCUUCCAGGUUAAAGACUAUCAAGGUGUUUUCAGUGUGUCUAGACCCACUAAACAACUUGCUGUGCUAUACCUAUGUAGAUUCGGAUAAAUGAAAGCAGUCUGAAGGGAGGGUUUGCAAACAUAAUUCACCCCAGCUCUGUGUUUCUCGGCGGUUGAUAAAUACUGGUGAAGGUUCUGAGUACAUUGACCUUCUGAACGCCCUUGCUGUUGUGCCAUACGCCAGAUGUUUUAACCGACGUAUUAGUGUUUAUUAAGUUCCGUGGCUGGUUUGACUUUUUGGUUCUGUUUUGGGGGCGGAGUUAAGUUGGAAGCGUUAGAUUUUCACAGUUUAGUCGAUGUAUUGUUAAGUCGUUUUGUUGCUCACAGGGUUAUGUUUUAAGCUACGAGGCGCUCAGAAUGGAAAGGGUGAACUCGCCACCUAACGAACAUGUGACUUUAGAAAUCUCCGUAACUGCUCUGAUUUCUUCCAUGUCCAGAAAUGAUUUGUCUCCUUGUUAGUGAAAAGAGAAAGUAAGGGAGGCAUAUCUGGUUUCCUCGACCCUAGAGAAAGUUAUGUAAAAAGUCAACAAAACCAACUGCGCCUCGAAAAACGGGUCAGAAAAGAUAAAUCAGCCACAUUAUUAACAGACUAAUACGACGUUUAAAAAAUCCCGCCAUAGUCUGCCUCAUAGCCAUUACCAAGAGGAGUAUUAGUGGGCAGCUCCUCCUCUUCCUUUUCUUCCUCUUACAGACAGUGACCUCUUUGAUUUUGAAGACAGUGAAUUGUUUACCGCUGCUAUUUUUCAUUGAAAGAGGAUGAAAAUUUAUUAUGUUCUCUAUAUUAGAGAGUUUUAGGCAAGAGUUUUGUAGAGAGAGAGAGAGAGAGAGAGAGAGUGAGAGUGAGACCCUGGUUGUGGUGUAUCAUAAGCUAUUAUAUUUAUGUGUGACAACUUGUGCCGUUCAUAAAUACAUUCUUGCAUAUAUUUUUAACAGGUGCAGGGAGACAUGGCUCACUAGUGCGUUAGGAAGUAAUGUGCGUGUGGGUGAACACUUGAUGAUGACUUGGUAAUUAUUUUUCUAUCCACGUCAUCUUUGGUGUGUGUGUGUGUGUGUGUGUGUGUGCAUCCGAAUGUAUUAUCAUUGAUUUACAACCCACAGGUGGCUCUGGCAGACCCUCCCCCCACACCUGGUGCUAGGACUGACACACACACACACACACACGGUACAGCUCUUUUCCUGUAUUUCACAACCAGGUAAAUACACACACACACUCUUCAUUAACAUUCCAUUCUUGUCGGAUUUCCAUUGGGGUGUUUUUUCUUAUUGAAGUUUAAUAUUUUUCCAGUCCAGAAAUAAUAAUAAUAAUUACUACAUUCCACUAUUAUAUUUGUUCUCUUCAUUAUUAUUAUUAUUAUUGAACUCCAUGUUAAUAUUUUUUUCACUAAGUGCCGAGUCACACAUGAUAGCAAUACACAAGCCAGCACUAACAUUCAUGUACACUUUUCAUCCCUUCAACACGCAAGAAAGUAAUACCAGCCAGACAUAACAUUGAUUUUAAUUUUCAUCUCCAAGAAACUGAGCUAAACUUUUUCAUACAAUAUCUUUUUUAUCUCAUCUAUUCCAUGAUAACUUUUCACCAGGUGUUUCUUUACUGUCUGCAUCACCUGUCCUAUUCAUGUUUUAUACCAAUGUCUUAUCUAUUUAUGUAUUCCCUCAUAACUCUUCACAGGGUAUUGAUGUACUGCCCUUAAGUAUAUUCUUCCAUUUCAUAAAUCUUAGAAUAACUUGAACACCAUUAACCUUCCAGUCACAGUGUUGGUCUUCCUGUAUUUAUUUUAUUUCAUCUUCAUUAUUUUUCUCUUAAUGGAGUCUUUGUGGCCUCUCCCUCAUUCUCUUAUAUAGUUCAGUGAGCCAGUGCUUUCUGGGGGAGGGUAUUCAGUGCUUAAUGUGUGUGUGUGUGUGUGUGUGUGUGUGUGUGUGUGUGAGAGAGAGUAAUCAGUGCUUAAUGUGUGUGUGUGUGUGUGUGUCUGAGAGAGAGAGAGAGAGUACUACCGUUGUUCGUCUUCUAAGGUUCAGUGAUCCUGUAAAUGGUGAUCUUUAGCUCUUACUAGCUAGUGCUAUUUAUGAUAUCAAUAUAAUAACAAUAUAUUUUUUAUUAAUGUUUUCAUAUGGAUAUAUUUUGCUGUAGGAAAGAAGCUCUAAAUGCAAUAUUAUACCAGUUUACCGAGUGUGUGUGGGUGUGGGUGUGGGUGUGGGUGUGGGUGUGGGUGUGGGUGUCCGCGGGGAAGAGACAACGAUGUUUGGCUCGAUUGUGUUGGAAUAUCACCAACGUUUUGUUGCUCACUGGGUUAUGUUUUAAAAUACGAGGCGCUCAGAAUGGAAAGGGUGAACUCGCCACCAAAAGAAAACGUUACUUCAGGAACCACCGUAAGCAUGCUAAUUUUUUCUAUGUCAAGAGAUGCUGAGUUUGUCUCUUUGUUAGUGAAAAGAGAAAGUAAAGGAGGCAUAUAUGAUUUCCUUGACCUUAAAGAAGUAAAGAGGUCAAGUAUAUCUGACUUCGACCAAAAUCUACUAGUGAAAAGGUACGGUAAAGGAGGCAAGUAUAUCUGGCUCCCUCAACCCUAACACUUUAUAUUAGCGGAAAGAGAAGGUAAGGAAGUCAAGUAUAUCUGGCUCCCUCAACCCAACUCUUUAUUAGUGUGUAUUAGGUAAAGAAGGCAAGUAUAUCUGGCUCCCUCAACCCACACUCCUUAUUAACGGAAAGAGAAGGUAAGGAAGUCAAGUAUAUCUGGCUCCCUCAACCCUAGCACUUAUUAUUUGUGGAACGACAAGGUGAGGAAGUUGAGUAUAUCUGGCUUCCUCGGCCCCAGCAUGUUUAGAAAGGGAGUUUUCUCUGCGUGUACUUUUGGCGAGUUUGUCCUUUCUGUUCCCGGCGCCUCACUUGGCAACUGGUGUAAAUUUUGGGUCCAAUUUGUUUUGUCGAAAGUAGUGAUUGUGCAGUUUCUUUUUACGCUUUCUUCUUUGGGUCCAAAUUACCCUAAAACCCACAUCCAUUUAUAAGAGAAUACUUAUGCUGUUCUCUCACACUGUUAAAUUUUAUGGGACACUUUCUUUUUUGGGUCCAAGUUGCUUCAAAAUCGACAUUAAUUUAGUCUUUUUUUGGUCCAAGUUGCUGCAAAAUAAACAUUAAUUUAGUCUUUUUUGGGUCCAAGUUGCUUCAAAAUCGACAUUAAUUUUGUCUUUUUUGGGUCCAAGUUGCUUCAAAAUCGACAUUAAUUUUGUCUUUUUUGGGUCCAAGUUGCUUCAAAAUCGACAUUAAUUUUGUCUUUUUUGGGUCCAAGUUGCUUCAAAAUCGACAUUAAUUUAGUCUUUUUUUGGUCCAAGUUGCUUCAAAAUAAACAUUAAUUUAGUCUUUUUUGGGUCCAAGUUGCUUCAAAAUCGACAUUAAUUUAGUCUUUUUUGGGUCCAAGUUGCUUCAAAAUCGACAUUAAUUUAGUCUUUUUUGGGUCCAAGUUGCUUCAAAAUCGACAUUAAUUUAGUCUUUUUUGGGUCCAAGUUGCUUCAAAAUCGACAUUUAUUUAGUCUUUUUUUGGGUCCAAGUUGCUUCAAAAUCGACAUUAAUUUUGUCUUUUUUGGGUCCAAGUUGCUUCAAAAUAAACAUUAAUUUAGAAUAGAAUAAUUGUGCACUUUUUUCACAGCAUCCUUUAUGGGUUGAAAUUACUGUAAAACCCACAUUAAUUUAAAGGGUGACUGUGCUAUUUUUUCAUGCAAUUUCCUUCACGGGUCCAAUUACCCCAAAACUCACAUUGAUUUUAGAUAGAUUAUUUGUGCUCCUUUUUUCAGUUUCUUUCAUGGGUCCAAAGUCCCCCAAACCUAAUUUACUUUUAAGAUGUUUUGUAGAGAAAAUAUUUUACUAUAGUCUGUUCAAACCAAGUGUUCCUCCAGCGCCUAAGCAGCAUUUGAUACGCCGCGCCUGAUUGGCUGGCCCUUCCUCUCGGCCAGCCAGUCAGGUGCAGCGUAACAAUACUGCUUAGGUGCCAGAGGAACACUUGGUUUGAACAGACUGUAACAUGAGGUUUUUACCCUAAACUUAAAUAUUUCAAAGGAUAUCUCAUUCAGAAUUGUUUGUAUUAUUUGUAAACUGAUUUUUGACUAACUGUGCCUCUGGUCUUUUUUUUCUCUGCUUUAGACUCUGUGCAAUUUCCUUCUUUCAUCUUUAUUUAUUCAGUGCAAUUUUGGGUUUAUCAUAAUAUUUUUUAGGUGCAAUUAGAUGACUUUUUCUCUCUAGGCCAGUGGUUCCCAAACCUAUUUACAUGACACCCCCUAUUGAUUUCUAAGAAAUCAUUUACUUAUUAUUUAUAUUUUUUAAGGUAUGUAAGGGAGGGUUGAGUGCAAUUAUUUACUCUGUAUUCUACCAUGCAUGACAUCUGUGAGCUGUAGAGGUUUUAGCUGCAUUAAGUCUUUCCAGAUUUCAUUCUCUAAUUUUUCCGGUAAUUCAUUUUCCUGCCUCUUCAAAAUUAUAUAAGUGGGUGUCAGUACCUUUCCUCCCUGGCACAAACGAACAACUUGCUGCCCUUUUCUUAUAUCAUGUGAAGCACCACCUUCAUCACUGUUAUCACCAUUCACAAAUAGAAAAAAAUUGACUUCCUGAUUUACCCAACUAAGUAGAUACAAUGGUUAAUCAGAGUUCCAAAUUUACAUGGGAAGGAGCAUUGGUUAAUGAGUUCCAAAUUUACACGAGUAGGAGGUUUUCAUCCCUUUGCCCUCGUCUUCAGCAGUCACCCUUUUCAACACGGAGGGAAGACCUUUUGCCCUAAUCUGAACAGUCAUCCUUUCCCUUUCCCCUUAGCGAUCUUUACUUUUUGCCCUUUAGCCGUUUCCUUUA